AUGACUAGCAGCGUCGAAAAGGGUAUUCAACGCAGUCCUCAUGGCUUACCAGGCUUGGCAUCGUUCACAGCGAGAGACCCGGACCAUGAAACAUACAUCUUCCGAAGGUUCAACGACCUGACCGCGCGGAACCUUCUCCAUCUGCAAAGCGAGUUGCUAGAUCUGCGUCAGCAACUCUGCGAACUCGAUAGCGAUGCGACCAGUAGCACAGCAAGUGGCGAGCUCAAGGUCUGCAUGCAAAACCCGCAACUGCUACACAAGCUUGCAGCCGAGCGUGAUGGACCCGAGAAGAAGCUUGUCAUGCUACUCGAGAAGGUCGAGAGAAAGCUGGACAAAUACCAACGAGCGGUGCUCCAGGCGAGCGAAAUGGCCCGGUUGAAGGGACCAUCCGCUCGUGUCAAGAAAGCCUACCAGGAUGCAUUCAGCCAAAUGAACAUUAGCGGACCGGCUGCAAAAAUGCUGGACGAACAGGCAGAUCUAAUCGCCCUGAAGCCGCCUCCAGAGGUCGAUCCCUUGUCGUAUCUCGUUCGGGAACAUUGGCCCUUUCCAACUACAAAACUGUCUGCAGUCGAAGUCGAUCGAGCUCGUCACUUCCAAGAGCGCCGCGUCCGGUGGGUUGUAUCGAGCGUGAGCAUCAGCAUUGCAGCUCUGCUUCUUGUUGGCUCAAUCAUAACGCUUUACCUCGUUCGCAAUCCCGAUGUUCGACUAGGGCUGUUGAUAGUCUUCAUUCUGCUGUUUGCGAUCGGCAUUCGCAUCAGUACGAGUGCAAGUCGAGAGAACAUCUUCGCAGCAACAGCAGCGUAUGCUGCAGUCCUGGUGGUAUUCGUCUCUGGCGAUCUUGGACGCGCGAGGGUUGGGCAGAGGUGA